ACGUUGGGAGGACCGGCCGCGGCCCACAGUGCACCGCGCGGGGCGGUUUCGAGGCUCCCCCCCGGGAGGGGGGACAGAAGGGCGAGAGGGACUUGGCGGGGAGGGACCCCCUCCCCCCCGCAGGACCCCCCGACCUCCUGCUCACCCUUCUCCCUUCUCUCCCUCGCCAGGGGAUGGACCAGUACAGCAUCCUCGGCCGCAUUGGCGAGGGCGCCCACGGUAUCGUCUUCAAAGCCAAACACGUGGAGACUGGCGAGACAGUGGCUCUUAAGAAAGUGGCUCUGCGGAAACUGGAAGAUGGAAUCCCCAACCAGGCGCUGCGGGAGAUCAAGGCUCUACAGGAGAUUGAGGAUAAUCAGUAUGUGGUGAAGCUGAAGGCCGUGUUCCCUCAUGGCGCGGGCUUUGUCCUGGCCUUCGAAUUCAUGCUGUCCGACCUGUCCGAGGUGAUCCGCCACGCCCAUAGGCCGCUGGGCCAGGCCCAGGUCAAGGGCUACAUGCAGAUGCUGCUCAAGGGGGUCGCCUUCUGCCACGCUAACAACAUCAUGCACCGGGACCUGAAGCCAGCCAAUCUGCUCAUCAGCUCCUCGGGCCAGCUUAAGAUUGCUGACUUUGGCCUGGCUCGGGUCUUCUCCCGCAGUGGGGACCGGCUCUACAGCCACCAAGUGGCCACCAGGUGGUACCGGGCCCCAGAACUCCUGUAUGGCGCCCGGCAGUACGAUGAGGGAGUCGACCUGUGGGCGGUGGGUUGCAUCCUGGGGGAACUGCUCAACGGCUCACCCCUGUUCCCUGGAGAAAAUGACAUCGAGCAGCUGUGCUGUGUGCUGCGCGUCCUGGGCACCCCCAGCCCCAGGGUCUGGCCGGAGAUCACAGAGCUUCCCGACUACAACAAGAUCUCCUUCAAGGAGCAGGCGCCAUUGCCCCUGGAGGAGGUGCUGCCCGACGCCGCCCCCCAGGCUCUGCAGCUGCUCAGCCGCUUCCUGCUCUAUCCCCCGCGCCAGCGCAUCCCGGCUGCCCAGGCCCUGCUGCACCAGUACUUCUUCACGGCCCCGCUGCCGGCUCACCCUUCGGAGCUGCCGAUUCCCCAGCGAGGGGGGCCGGGUCCCAAGGCCCGCCAAGGGCCCCCCCACACGCGCGACUUCCACGUGGAGCAGCCGCUGGAGGAGUCGCUCCUGGAUCCUAAGCUGAUCCGACCGUAUCUCCCCGAAGGCUGAGUAGAGGGGAGGAGGAGGGGGCGCUCAGGACACCGGGGUCCCUCGGAACUCAGACCUGAGGCUCCGUUGUCGUCGGUUGGCCGCUCUUAGUUCAGGCCCCGGGCCUGGCUCCGUUUGGCUCCCCAGGGCCUUUCCCACCUCUCCCCCACCCCAGUUUGACAACUCAUCGCCCCCCCACACCCUGUCCCCUUCCCCAGCCCCGCCUGAGCCCCAGUGAUACCAUUAUCUCGGGCUCCGCAGCUGUCUCCCUGCCUUCCCGCCCGGGCUCCUAAGGAGGAGGAGGAGGAAGAGGAGAUCGCCACUCCCUUAGGCGCCACUUUGGUCUGCCCCUCCCCUUCUCUCCUUCCCCACCCACUUAUACCUCCAGGACUCCAAUCCUUCAUCUGCCCUCCUCCCCUCUAGUAGGGGAGUUCCAGAGUUUGACCUCCAACCUCGAUUUGGGUUGCAGUGCAGAGCCUUCCUUGGGGGACCAGGUUCUCUCAGGCCAGCCUCUGGGGACUGUGAGAGACAGGAGGGAUUUUCUCUCGCUCUUUCUCACACACACCACACCACAUACCCCCUCGGUGGGGCCUAGGUUCCCUGGGACAUCUCUCUCCCUCCAUAAAGACCCCAGAGGGACUUGUUGUUCUCUCUAAGGAGAACCAGGGCCCUUGGUUUGUGUGAGACCCAGAAUAAAAUGGUGCUCUGGUCCUCAGAGCCUAUGACCAAAGUCUUUAA